UAACUCGAAGUAUCUCGGCCAUUUUUGCGUCAACGUCAAGUGCGACAGGGACCCUCUCGCGCUUCGCUAGCAGUUUAUAGCUAGUUGACUUCGGGAUUUCCCUCACGUUGUGUGUUAAGAAAGAGAGAGACUUUGAUCGGCGUUUCGCCGUUUUCCUCACAAUCGAGAAGAAAUCGUCGCGAGGGUAACGCCAAUUCGUCGAACGCGAUUCGUUGUGUAUCAGAAUUAUCCACGGGGGAACAACGAUCGUACGCGGAGAUAAAAGAGAGAGAGAGACAGGAAAAGGACGGAGCGUCUAUUCGCGUCGGGAACUUGUGUUUCAGCUCGUGUGAGAGCGUUGUGUGUGAGAGAGAGAAGAGAGAGAGAGAGAGAAGAGGACGAGCUAAAAGGGCUUCAAGCGACAGAGCUGCGAAAACUAAGCACCGAGGCGGAGUAAUAUGAGUAAUGCACCCAACCAGAAUGGAUCAGGUCUAGAGCAGCAGCUAGCUGGUCUGGACUUGCAGGGCUCCCGCCAACCAAGUGGGGGUCGCUACGUUCCACCGCAUCUUCGUCAUAAGGCAGCAAAUCCACCCUCGGAUUCAAUUUACUCUUCCAACUCAAGAUCGUUUAACGAUAGAGACAGAGGAGGAGAUCGCGAUCGUGACCGUGAAAGAGAUCGCGACCGCGACCGAAACCGAGGUGGUUACCGAGACUCACGAAGUCCUCGUGACAUCGAUUUUGCAAAUUUUGGAAGUUUCGGCGGACGAAAUAGACGCAGUCAAGAAAAUGGAAGGGAUUAUCGAUAUUCAAACUCCGAUCGCGAUCGACCAAUUGGCAAUGAUCGCUGGCAGGAGCCGAGAAAUGAUCGUUGGCAAGAAAACAGGAACGACAGAAUUGGCGGAAGUGGCGGAAGAUGGGACGAUAGAGGCGGCAGAGGCGGGCGAGGUGAGGUUGACUGGACCAUCCCCACUGCCAGAGAUGAGCGAUUGGAGCUGGAGCUAUUCGGAACUGGUAAUACUGGGAUCAAUUUUAGUAAAUACGAGGAUAUCCCAGUUGAGGCCACAGGAGAAAACAUACCGUCACACAUCGCAUCUUUCGACGAGGUUAAGCUGACAGAGAUAAUAAAGAAUAGCAUCGCUUUGGCAGGAUAUGAUAAGCCUACACCAGUGCAGAAGUAUGCAAUACCGAUCAUUAUCGGACGCCGUGAUGUGAUGGCCUGCGCUCAAACUGGAUCCGGUAAAACAGCGGCCUUCUUAGUGCCAAUACUGAAUCAGAUUUACGAGAGCGGGCCGCGGGCGCCGCCACCGCAACCUGGCUCUUCCGGCAGGCGUAAACAGUAUCCGUUGGGUCUAGUAUUAGCUCCCACGCGAGAGCUUGCCACGCAAAUAUACGACGAGGCGCGAAAAUUCGCGUACAGAUCGCGGAUGCGUCCCGCAGUUGUUUACGGCGGUUCUAACAUAGUGGACCAAAUGCGCGAAUUGGAUCGUGGCUGCCACCUACUUGUUGCGACGCCUGGACGUCUGGUGGACAUGCUGGGACGUGGUAAAAUCGGUCUGCACAAUUGCCGAUAUUUGGUUUUGGACGAGGCGGAUCGUAUGUUGGAUAUGGGUUUCGAGCCACAGAUAAGACGUAUUGUUCAAGAAGACAAUAUGCCGCCUACCGGAGAAAGACAAACUCUCAUGUUUUCUGCAACUUUCCCGAAAGAAAUCCAGAUAUUGGCGAGAGAUUUUCUUAGCAACUACAUUUUCUUGGCUGUAGGCCGCGUGGGUUCCACUUCUGAAAAUAUCACGCAAAAGAUUGUAUGGGUGGAAGAACACGAUAAACGUUCAUAUUUACUAGAUUUGCUGCAGGCUAGCAACUUCUCAGACCCUUCUGCAGAAUCACUCACCUUAGUGUUCGUGGAAACGAAGAAAGGCGCUGACAUGUUGGAAGAAUACUUGGCAUCGAUGGGAUAUCCGGUUACCAGCAUUCACGGGGACAGAACUCAACGUGAACGUGAGGAGGCCUUGCGCCGUUUUCGUGCCGGCAAAGCGCCGAUUUUAGUUGCGACUGCAGUCGCCGCACGUGGUCUUGAUAUACCGCAUGUGAAACAUGUCAUCAACUUCGAUUUGCCGGGCGACGUUGAGGAAUAUGUCCAUCGUAUUGGUCGUACCGGUCGUAUGGGCAAUUUAGGUCUGGCCACGUCAUUCUUCAACAACAAGAAUCAUAAUUUAGUGCGCGACUUGGUUUCCUUACUUAUCGAAGCCAAUCAGGAACUCCCGUCUUGGUUAGACGAGAUGUACACCGAAGCGAGAUAUUCUGGAGGUAGUUCUCGACGACCCGGUGGUACGAAGGGACGUUUCACUGGUGGCGGCUUCGGUGCGAGAGAUUAUCGCCAACAACCCAGUUCUGGAUCUGGCCGCAGUAACGGUCCUUCUAGACCUGGUGGUUAUGGAGGUGGUUACUCAAACUACGGCGGUAACUAUAAUAAUUCUGCGUACAAUAAUUCCACUAAUAACGGCAACACCGGUCCUGAUUGGUGGGGAGCGUGGGACAAGUAGACGAUUUAUUUCCAUCUCUCUAUUUCUACACACUUCUCUAUACCAUUUAUUAUUAUAUUAUUAUUAAUCUACACUCUCUCAAAUUCAAUUACAUGUAAGAAGAACACGACAUCAUUACGUCUGAUACUACACACGCACGUGUUUUUGCGCGCGUAUACACGUACACUUGCGCAAAACAGACAAAAAGAAACAGUUCCAUGUGUAAUACGUGUUCACAUUUUCGCCGAUUGCCUGUGCAUUCGGAUCUUUUCUUUUUUUUUUCUUUUUUUGAUGAGAGAAGCAGAGAAAGAAAAUACUUACAUUUUGAAUUUCAUUAAUAAUUCACAUUCGUUCACGUGCGUACAUUGACAAAUCCUGCGUGCAAUGUGGUAUUCGCGCCGGUGGAGAUCAUAUCACCGGGGGGGAUAUGUCGAACGUAAACGAUCUCAUUUAUAAGAAAAAAGUGCGAGUAUUUUUCUCUCUCAUGGGAUCUGUUCAAUAUAUAUAUUAUUAAGUUCUCAACAUACACACACACACACACACACACUAUUAGUUAGAAAUCCAUCCAACGUUUCGUUGCCGUGCGUGCUGACGAAAACACAUGUAGUAUAAUCACUAACGAAUCAAAUCGAAGAGAAUCGUUAAUCGCCCGCUCGGAACGGGAAUUAACGAUGUAACACGUAGUAGGUGAAAAAAAAAAAAACUUAGUAAAAUUUUUUAGAACUCCUGUCGAGACUAUGAGGCUCAUCAUAGUUGUGCUAUUUACAUUUAUGUUUCUUUCGUAAAAAAACAACAACAACAGCAACAACAACAACAACAAGGCACGGUGGGCGUAUCUUCGGUAAUCACGUCUUUUGAUGAUGCAUGAACUCUUGCGAAAAUGUUUAGAUGCACAAACACAACACGCUUUAUAUAUUGCCUUUGCUAUCACGAUGGCCAGUAAGUAAAAGUCGCGCAUUUUCGUUCAUCAAACGGAUGGCAUAUUUUUUCCGGGUUAUUGUUAACGUGCACGUUCGUCAAACGCAUACCCAAGGUACGCAAUAAUCACCGUCGCAGUAGGAUUUAUAUAACAAUAACAAUUCCUUGUACUUUUGUUUUUGUUUUUUUCCUUUAAUUUGCUGUAGUUUAUAGCGACGAAUGGUACUUUGUUAUUUUGCCGUCCCCAAACGACAGACGAUGUUGCGCCGGCAAUGUCAUAUGGUUUACCUGAAUAAGCCAGCUUUAAAUUUUUCGGGGAUCGAAAGUUUCGGUAUUGUGAAAACAAAAAAAAAAAAAAGAAAACAAAAAAGGCAACACACACA